AGGACCUGAAUAAAGAAAGGAGAAAACAAGUCGGUCGGGCCCGAGUAAGAGGAGAGGCUGCGUCACCUGGACAGCUCCGGGUCAAAGGAAAAUUGAGAUCAAACGGCCAAACCGGGACCCUGACCGACCCAUCAUCAGAAACCGGACCUGGUAUCAUCAAACAGCCGGACUGCAGAAGGUGUCAUCAAGGAACUACCUGUAAAUCCAGUUGACAUUUGAAAAAAGAAACGAGAAGAAACAAUGGCCCCUACUUUGGCCACGGCGCAUCGGCGCCGCUGGUGGAUGGCAUGUACAGCUGUGGUUGAGAACCUUUUUUUUUCGGCAGUGCUUUUGGGCUGGGGCUCCCUCCUUAUCAUGCUGAAGUCUGAAGGGUUCUACUCCUACUUGUGCCACUACCCAGACAAUGUUACCUCUGCAAACAUCACUAACAGCAGCAGCGUGUUUGGAAAUGAGACAGUCAAGGAGCAGAUCAUAGAGAUAAAUGGCUGGCUGGUGUGUAAAGAGCAAGACGAGAUGUUGAAUUUGGCCUUUACCGUGGGCUCCUUCCUCCUCAGCGCCAUCUCCUUACCUCUGGGAAUUAUCAUGGACAAGUACGGUCCUCGCAAGCUCAGGCUAAGCGGAAGUGCCAGCUUUGGAGUUUCCUGCCUACUGAUUGCAUAUGGAGCAAGUAACCCCAACUCUUUGUCUGUGCUGAUAUUCGUUGCCCUGUGUCUCAAUGGCUUUGGAGGAAUGUGUAUGACCUUCACUUCAUUGACCCUGCCCAACAUGUUUGGCGACCUGCGCUCAACGUUUAUUGCACUGAUGAUCGGCUCCUAUGCCUCCUCGGCGGUCACUUUCCCCUUCAUCAAGGUUAUUUACGAUCUACAUGUGAGCUUUAUAACUAUUUUAAUAGUCUGGGCUGCUUGCGCCAUACUUGUCUUUUUCAACUGCUUCUUCAACUGGCCGCUAGAACCGUUCCCCGGCCCAGAGGACAUGGAUUAUACAGUGAAGAUUAAGUUCAGCUGGCUGGGCUUUGACCACAAAAUCACAGGAAAGCAGUUCUACAAGCAAGUAACAACGGUGGGCCGACGACUCAGUGUAGGAGGCUCCAUGAAAAAUCCCAAAGAACUGGCAGCCCUUCAGGAGGGGAACAAGCUAUGUCUCUCCACCGUAGAUCUGGAGGUGAAAUGCCAGGCAGACAACGCAGCAACUCCAUCCUUUAUGAAAAGCGUGUUCAGUCCCAUUCUUCUGCUGAGCCUCAUCACUAUGUGUGUCACCCAGCUCCGUCUCAUCUUCUAUAUGGGAGCCAUGAAUAACAUCCUAGAGCACCUUGUGGAUGGAGAUUUGGAAACUGUCAGCCUGUAUACAUCCAUUUUUGGGGUGUUACAGCUGCUCUGCCUGCUCACAGCCCCGGUCAUUGGAUAUAUAAUGGAUUGGAAGCUGAAGGAAUGUGACGACGGAAACGACGAUGAGGAGGACAAGAGCAAUGAGCAAAAUGGCAAGAAAAAGAAAAAACGGGAUCGUCAGAUUCAGAAGAUCACAAAUGCCACUCGGGCCUUUGCGUUUACCAAUUUCCUGAUGGUGGGGUUUGGAGUCACCUGUCUCAUUCCCAACCUACCCCUACAGAUCCUUUCGUUUAUUUUGCACACGAUAGUCAGAGGAUUCAUUCACUCUGCCGUGGGAGGACUCUAUGCUGCUGUAUAUCCUUCAUCGCAUUUCGGCAGUUUGACCGGGUUGCAGUCUCUGGUUAGCGCGCUCUUUGCACUGCUCCAGCAGCCUCUCUUUCUGGCUAUGAUGGGACCUUUAGAUGGCGAUCCACUCUGGGUCAACGUAGGUUUAUUGGGAAUGAGCAUGCUGGGAUUCUGCCUUCCUCUCUACCUCAUUUUCUUUAAGCGAAACCUGAAGAAGCAACAAAAACAGAAGAUCGAAGAUUCAAAGUUAUACUUGAAAAUCAACGGCACUCCUGAUCACGAAGCCUUUGUGUAAAUAAUGUCAGGCAGCGAAGGCUCGGCCUUUCUCUCCAGUAUGUUUCUUCCCAUUUUCUCGAUGGGAAGAUGUCACUCCAGCGAUACCACUUCAGAACAACUGUCCGACUCCUCUGCGUUCCCACCCAAGCACCAGAUUCCUCCCGGUGCUUUCUCUAACAAUGUCUCUCAUUCUCCACUAUGCUAUUAAGGACAAUUUGGAAGCAGGAUCUUCUUCACAGAGAAAUCCUCAAAUAAUCCUUUCCCAGGAACCUGUCGGUUACCAUUUCUCAUGGAGAAUAAGCUUAAAUCAAUGUUAUUAUUUUCAGGAAUCACACUGUUAUCAUAUUGAUACCAACCCCGUUAUUGAAGGGUUAUUCUUGACAUGGAGCAUUCUUCUCUGAAGAAGUGCGCAGCAGUAACUCUUGGGGCUAUGAUGUCAAGUAUUAACACGUGUCAAAGCUGGAGAUUACAAACUCAGCGCUGUCUGGAUUCAUUAUUUCCUUUAUGGGUGCUCAGCAAAGAAGUAGCAGGAAUAUUAAUUUUCACAAUAACACACGUCACGGCACGGCACUCUUUCCUGUCUCGGCUUCUUCUGGUAAGAAAGGGCCGCUUUUGACGUGUAAGCACCAAACAUGGCAGUAGAUUCCACAAGCCCUUUCAAUGACUUUGAGUUAAGGGCUACUUCAAACACCUGUGUGAACGUGACGCUGUGCCAGGUGAUGUCAUAAAACGCUUCGCCACCAAAUCUCAACAAAGAUGACAAAAGGGAUACCGCAAGCAUCCUAUAGAUUAAAAAGUACGCAAAACCCAGUGUGUUGCAAGUAUAUUUGCUGUGCCAUAGUGUCUACAGGCAAGUGGUUGAUGUGACAUUCUAAGCAAUACCUGCGUCUGUUCACCUUUUUGAUAAAUAUCAGUAUGCUAUAUUAUGUUCCGUGCAUGAUAUGUUUGUGUAUUUUAUAUGGAAAUGUAUCUGAUUUUCUUUUUUCUUUGAAUCCGUGUUUGGGUGGCGGUAGAAGUGACUUGGUUAUCUAUCUUCAGUGUCUGAGCUCCUUGCUCACACGGCCAGUCUGUUCUCAUUCUGUGCCUUGGUGUUCGCCGUUUGUCUUUUCUGCUUACAAAUUAUUCAUUCUGAUUCAUUUCCUCGGCUCCUUUUCAGUUUGUAGAUUUCUGUAGGCAUUAUUUUUACUACAAACAGUUUCUGCUGUCUCUGCACAUUAAGUAUACUUAGGGAUUAUUAACUCUUACCUCACUCCAAGCCACCCUAGAGAUGUUUUAAUGUACCGUUUUUAAACAGGGUUAGCAGCUUAGGGUCUGCCGGCAAGCACUGCUGCCAGUGUCAUCUGGGGCUUGUUUUUUUAUAGGGAGGGCUUUAUUUAAUCAGAAUUAUAUACCAUAUAGCCAUACUCUAUUUAAUUACUAAUGUAAUGCGACGGGGCAAAUGUGGUUCUGAAACGCGGGGCAUGCAUGUGUCCCUCUGCAUUACACCCACCAUUUGUAUAGCAGGUAAGCUUCCUACUAUGCAGUCAACUUCUAUGUUAUUCUACCGAUUUCAUGUAGUAAAACUAGAGGCUGCACAUGUCACUUGCAAAGACUCUAUGGGAUUUGGGGGGAUUUCUUACCAAAGUAAUAAUAAUAAUAAUAAAAAAAACCCACACCUGCUUAUCAGGCCUUAGGACCUAAAGUAAAUCUGAAGUCACACCUUUAGAUUUCCAAUUUCCCCAAAGGUGAUAUGACUUCAUUUUGGAGUAAUGGCCACCUGUUCUUCAUGAUAUGCUGCAUAUCUGUACUGUGAGUAGUUCACGUGCAAUUGGUUUGGAAGCCCAAUCCGCUCCAGGCAAUACAGAUAAUACUCUGCUGACUUAAGCGCCAUCGCGUUUAAAAGAGUAGUCUUCACAGCUGACCAAAAAAAAAAUUUAGAUUUUAAACACUCCUGUCCUAAAAUGAGGUUACAUAUAUAUAUUUAUAUAUAUAUAUACACACACAGAGAUAACAUCAACAUCCUUGAUUUUUUAACAACUGUCACAUUGCAGUUUGGAAAUAGUAACAAAAGGAAAAGAGACCGGGUAUGACAAGGAGUUACGCCUGUUUUCCUGACAUCAUGGAUGGAGAGAAGAUGUCACAUGACAGCAGGCAUCUUCAGAUAAGUUUUAGGCAUGAAGGGGACAUACAGCACAAAAAGCAAUAGGAAACAAACCUUCAGUUCUUCAUGUCUAACAGAGAAGUGACAAAGUAACGUCCGGUGUCAAAGCCCAAGCGCCAGCACUAUGUAAUCUUGGGUAACAUAUUGUCUCUCAGUGCCUGAGGUGCAAUAAAAGAUUGUAAGCUCUUCUGAGUAGGGAUUUUGUUGUGCCUGUUCGUACUACAUACAGUGUUUAUUGGUACUUCUUAAAAAAAUAAAAUUCUUCUAAAUCCAA